GAACUGUCUUCUUCUAGCAAGGAGGAGAAAAGAGUUGUCCUGCACUGCCGCGGACGAAGGAGUGGACGGGACUGGUCACAUCUUCACGUGUGCAGGUGUGAAAAGAGGCCAGUGAGAUGGCAGAAGUUGCGGCGCCCGCUCCGGCGCCCUCGCCGUUUGCCACCGAGGACUUUGUGACGUCCGCCAUCACCGAUGUCAGCACAGGAGGCCCCUACAUUGACACCAACACCCAGUACCUCCUCUCCUCUGCCUACCUCGUGUUCUUCAUGCACUGUGGCUUUGCCAUGAUCUCCAUUGGGUGUGUGCGCGCCCGUUUCGCCCGCCAUAUCGCGGUGCUGAUUCUGAUCGACGCCUGCGCGUCGGCGCUGGGUUUCUACCUGUUCGGUUUCGCCUUUGCCUUUGGCGACAAGACCGACGCUGAUGGUAACGUGGCUGGAAACCCCUUCAUUGGGAGCCAGUACUUUGCCCUGCAUGGCCUGGACGGCCCCACCUACUUUGCCACCGCUGUCCGCCCCUACGCCUUCUGGGUCUUCGAGUGGGCGUUUGCGGCCACGGCGUGCACGAUCGUGUCGGGAGCCAUCGCUGAGCGCGCUCGUGUUGAGGCGUACGCGAUCUACUCCUUCUUCAUGGCCGCCUGGGUGUACCCCGUCAUCGUCCACUCUGUCUGGUCCUCUGCUGGCUGGGCCUCCAUGUUCAGGACUGCCCCCAACUUCCUGGGUUACUUUGCCAAGGGCUCCGGCGCGAUCGACUUUGCCGGCUCCGGCGCUGUCCACAUGGUUGGCGGCUACGCAGCAGCUGCCGGCUGCUGGAUCAUUGGCCCCCGUAUUGGCCGCUUCAACGCUGACGGCACCGCCAAUGACUUUGCAGGCCACAACUCCUCGCUGUUUGUGCUGGGCGUGAUGAUCCUGUGGUUCGGCUGGUACGGAUUCAACCCCGGCUCCCAGCUUGUGCUGGUGGGCGGAACCAACUCCUUUGCCGUCUCCGUCUGCGCCGUGACCACCACGCUUGCCCCUGCAGCCGCCGGCCUUUCAUCCCUCUUGACAAAGGCCAUCGUGACCCACUUCACCACCGGCAAGCAUGUGUACGACGUGGGUGUCAUGGGCAACGGCGCGCUGGCUGGACUGGUCGCCAUCACCUCUGGCACAUCCACCGUGUACCCCUGGGCCGCCCUCAUCAUCGGUGGUAUUGCCGGCUCCCUCUACGUCUUCGCCUCCUGGGUCUCCAUCAAGCUCAAGCUGGACGACCCUCUGGACGCCAUUGCCGUGCACGGCUGGAACGGAACAUGGGGAGUGCUUGCGGUUGGCUUCUUCGCCAGCGAGACCCUGAUCACCAACUCGUACGGCCUAAACCAGGACGGCGAGGUGCGCCCCUACGGCUGCUUCUUCCCCGGCGGCAACGGCGCCCUUCUCGCCGCGCAGAUCGCCUACGCCCUCUGGAUCGCCGGCUGGGUGCUGGGCAACAUGAUCCCGUUCUGGCUGCUGCUCAAGUACACCGGGUUGCUGCGCGCAACGGCCGACGAGGAGGCUCUGGGCCUGGACUCCAGCCACCACGGAGGCUCCGCCUACGCCGGAGGCAUGGAGGACGACAAGUCCCACACCAACGGCGCCGCCGGUGUCAGCUCGUCCGAGUUCGCCGAGCUGAAGGCGGAGAUCGCCGCACUGAAGAAGGCCCAAGCCGCCUGAAUUGCCAAGCCCCAAUUCUGACCGACGCUCCACCAACAGUUGACUUCAGCCCGUUGUCUCGGCCCCGUGUAGGAUGAUUGUCAGUACAGCAAUUAGUGUGCCAGCCUCGAGCCACUGCUGGUUGCUCAGGCUGCGGAUGUCCAUGAUGUAUCAUGUGCCCAUGCACUCUUUUGGUUUUUGAAUUCGAAUUUGCCGCUGUGAGCGGAUGCCCUCGUGAUGAUGUGGGGUGAGGUGAACCCACGAGUAAGGACGGUACAUAAUAUUAGGUUGACGGGAUGGGCAAGUGAUGCUGACUGUCAGCACUGGCAGGGUGCCAACAUGGUUACUAAGACUGACUCACCUUUUUGGCGCCAGGCGCACACGUCCUGAAGUGCAGCAAGUAAGCACGGCACAAGUUAUGUGCGAUGUUUGCCCUGUGGCCUCUUGAGGAGGCGGGCAGGCAUUGGUAUAUUGGUUUUCUCCUUCCUAUUUCCCUGCUGCAUUUGCUGUGCACGGCCCAUUCCCACAAGGUGUUUUGGGGUGAACAUGGGAUCUGGCCAAAGUAGGCGACCAUUGACGAAUGCUGCGAUUCCACUGUGCUGAGGCUUGUGAACGCAGCGGCAGUGACUGGUGCAAAUCCUUGGGAGCAUUCUUUGGUUGACCAGCAGCGCUCUUCCUGAGAUCACUGGCAAUGGCAUGGGCUCUCGGGGAUAUGCUUGCGCUGUCGCUGCGUGCUCGUCUGCCCUGGGUAUCAGUGUGUCAGGCCAUGGGACUACCUAUUAUUUAACUUCCUUGUCAUGACCCCUCACGCAUGAUGCACUGGCAGAUGUGCGUGUAAGGAUACAUCGUUACUUGAUC